CUUCCCCCGCCCCGCCCCCCACACUCGGCGCCAUCCUCCACACCUUCAUCACCAGCCAAAACACCACAACCCCCACCACUAUAUACGCUAUCGUCCUGUACUGCCGCAGCGUCGAGUUGGCAGCGAUCGACCGCGAGUGGUGCCGGGACGUCGAGAAGAGGCUCGACGCGAAGGACGAGAAGGUGUUGGUCUAGUAUGCGACUAGGGCGUAAGCAUGGGACUCGGAUGCUGCGAUGAAGAACGUACAGUGCGGUCGAGCUAUAAAUAAGGGGGCGUAUCGUCAGUGUACGUUGGCCUAGUCUGCGACCCCAUGCAUCUAGCGUCGGCGUCGACGUUAUCGCAACGUUUACGACGACAACACUAUCGCAUGGAGCUCCAUACCCUAGCACCGCAGACUCACCUGGUCAUUCUGUCUGUUCGCAUCGUCCACUCUAUCCCUCUGCCCUCUGCCCUCUGCCCUCUGCCCUCUGCCCUCUGCCCUCUGCCCUCUGCCCUCUGCCCUCUGCCCUCUGCCCUCUGCCCUCUGCCCUCUGCCCUCUGCCCUCUGCCCUCUGCCCUCUGCCCUCUCCCUGAGCCCGAACCUGAGCCUUGGCACCAACCCCAAAAGGAAGGAAGAGAGAUCCUCACCGAGCGCAAACUCCUGAUCUUGUUAUGCAACGAAUUCAACUCCUCUUCAUUCUGGUUCUCCAGCGUCUGGUCUGAAGCGCUACAAGUACAUCCAGGGGCCAGGCCUUUCCAUCAGCUCUCUUUGCUUUUGAUUUUGCCACAUGCCUUCAGGGAGGGGGCGGGGGAAGGGGAAGAGGGAAGGGGAGGUGGGACUGACCUAGGCAUGAUGGCUGUGGAAGUAGACUCAGGGCCCUAG